AUCACCUGCUUGAAUAAGGAAGUCAAACAAGAAACACUGGAUGUGAAAUCAGAGCACUUCUUCGUCCGAUUGUCGUCCUCUGCUCGUCAAAUCUGUAGCAACGUCGACGGGUCAGGAUGUUCAAAAAACUCAAGCAAAAGAUAAACGAGGAGCAGUCACCACAGAGGAAUGCGCAGACUCCCCAACAGGCCCAGAUGGGCUCUGGACAACGCAGGAGCAGCCAAACUAACCUAUUUUACCAUGAUGGUGUUCCCUCUCCCAGUGACAGAGAGCGGUCUCCGUUUGAUGAUACAGACAAGACUGAGGCGCUGGCCGGGAUGAUAGCAGAGCCCGCUUUUCUCUCUGAGUAUACUAUCUUUGCUCUGGACCAUUCAAAAAGACCCAAAACGGCCCAGGUAGCCAGUGUGAGUUCCUCUAAAGGGCCAACCAGGUCUCCCGGAGGAAGUGUCAACGGGGAUGGAAGUAUCUCUCCACAAAGAGAAGAACCACAAUCCUUUGCACAAAAACUACAGUUGAAAGUUCCCUCAAUGGAGUCCAUAAUUCGGGGAGGUGCCAGUCGGGCUGAGCAGCUCUUCCGCUCUCCCUCUAAGGAGAGCUUGGCUCGGAGCUCAUCACGCGAGUCUUUAACACAUUAUGGAGAAAACGAAGCUGCUGGUGUCCCUGCAUACGACCCACCUUCAGACAUUGAGAGUGAGGCUGAGGAGGCAUCAAGCAAUGCCGAGUCUCUCUCCAAAGAGCAGCUGGUGCACCGUUUGAUCAGAGUGGAGGCAAGCCUGGCAAAGUAUCGCGGGAAGUACUCUGAGAUUGUUACUGCAUAUCGUACAGUGCAACGGGAUAAAGAAAAAACACAGGCCAUCCUAAGCCAGUGUCAAGAUAAAUCGCUCCGGAGAAUAGGCGAACUGCGAGAGGAGUUACAAAUGGACCAGCAGGCAAAAAAACACCUUCAGGAUGAGUUUGAUGCUGCACUGGAGGAGAAAGACCAAAUGAUUACUGUCCUGCAAACACAGGUUGGUUUGCUGAAGAAACGAGUCAAAGGAAUCUCUGAUGGAGCUUUGGUCGUUGAGGGCGAUCAGCCAAUUUCUGAUGUUCCCGAAUCCGAAUCCACCGGCUCUUCAAAUGACCAAGAAGUAGAGUCUGAAGUGCAUGAAGAAGAGGGCGUCAGUGAUCCAGCUAAACUUUUGGAAGCACUGCAGAAGAGAGUAAGGCGGCAGGAAAACCUGUUGCACAAAUGCAAAGAAAUGAUUCGUAUUCACAAGGAUCGCAGCACCCACAUUGCUACUGAGAAUGAAACUCUGCAAGAGCAGCUGCAGGAGAGACUGCAAGAACUCGAAAGGAUAAAGGAACUGCACACAACAGAGAAGACGAAACUGAUUAAUCAGUUGCGUGAUGUCAAAAACCAAAACGAACAGCUGGAACAGGAUAAGGGCAUGGUAAUUGCUGAGACAAAGCGGCAAAUGCAUGAGACUCUGGAAAUGAAAGAAGAGGAGAUAGCACAGCUUCGCUCCAGGCUCCAGUUGGCUAAUACCCAGAAUGAAGAGCUGCAAGAUCAGAAAGAAAAGGCUGAGAAAUCAGCAUUUGAAGAACUUGAAAGGGCGUUGGGUUCAGCUCAUAGGGCUGACGAAGCACGAAAACAGCUGCAGGUUCAGAUGGAGGAAAAAAUGAAUGAAGCGGAAAGGGUCAAUGAAGAAGAGAGGAAGAGUUUGCAGCAGGAGCUCACGCGAGUCAAACAGGAGGUGGUCACAAUCAUGAAGAAAUCAUCAGAGGAGAGGGUGGCCAACCUGCAAAAAUCCCAUAGUGAAGCUCUGGCUGCAAAAGAAGAGGAGAUAAUUAGCAGAAUCAACAAAGCUGUGGAACUGUGUAAAGAGGAGUUUGCUCAGCUAACCAACGAAAAAGAGCAUCAGGCCGCCCUGGCUUUGGAGGACGCAGAGUUACAGAAGACCGCUCUUAUUGCAGAUGGCGAGAAUAGAGUUAAGGAUAUGCAGCAAGACCUGGAAGUGGCAAAAACUAGAAUAAUGGAAUUGGAGAGCUCCCAUGAGAAAAUUUCACAGGACAGAUCAUUGCUGUCCCUUGAACAAUCCAAUCUAUUGGGCCAGAUGAAGGAUAACCACAAGGAGCAAAUGUCCAGAUUAGAGGAAGAUCAUCAGGCACAGCUGGAAAAGCACAAGGACGCCCUAACCCAGCAGCACAAUGCUGCUCUGGAAGAGCUGAAGGAAAAACAGAGGGCUGAAUUAGAGACACUUCUUCAACAGAAAGACUUACAGGUUAACAUGCACACAGAAGAAAUUAACCAGAAAUUGAAUGCAAAGCAGGCAGAGCAAGAAGCACUGUCAUUUGAACUUUCUGAAGUUUUGAAGAGUAAACAACUUUUGGAAAAGAAGUUGGAUGAAGUUCAAGAUGUGCAUCGUUUAGCUCUGCAGGAUCAGGUGGCAAAGCACAGUGCCGAGUUGGAAAAUAUCAAGCUAGAGCAUGAACGGUCACUCGGAGGAAUGGAGAAAUCGCUGAAGGAGGAACUAAAUGCUUUGAAAAUUAUUAUAAGGGAAAAGGAGAAGGCAAUGAAAGAGGUCAGUGAAGGAGAGAAAAGACUAAGAGAAGAAUCCCAUGCCAAUCUAGAAGAACUAGGCAUCAAAGCUAAACAACUAGAAGAUUUGCAGCAAUCUUUAUCUAAUCUUCAGACGGAAAAUUCAAACUUAAAAGCGGCUAAUGAAGCAUCAGAGAAAAUCUCAAGCGAUCUUGUUCAGUCUAAGAACGACUUGAUAGAUUUGCAGCAUCAGCUUGAAGUAGCAAAAACUGACAUUCAACAAAAAGAGCUAUUACUCCAAGAUUUAGAGCAGCAAUUACAACAGAGCAAAACUACACUCUGCGAGCAGGAGAAGUCACACAGUGAUGAUUUUAACACUAUGAAAGAAGAGAUAACACAUCUUCAGAAACAGCUGGAAGAUGAUAAAGCUGCUCAUGAGAAAAAGCUUAACAAUACUCUAACAGAAAUGGAAGCAAAACUAAAAACACAAGAAACAAAGAUGGAAAAACUCAAACAGAAGGCCAAAGAAAUGCAAGAUCAUUUUAAGAAAAAGAUGCAGCAGAAAGAAGAAUCUAUGAAGACGGCUCUUGCAAAGAAAGAUGCGGAGCUUCAAGAAAAAGAGCAAGAAGUUCAAGGGAAAAUUUUAGAGAUGGCGCAAAGAAAUUCCCAAGGCUUGAGCGAUACAAUGUCAGAACUGCAAGCUAACCAUUUGGGGGAAAUGGAGAAAUUACGAGAUAAUCAUAAACAUGAACUCUUGGAGCUAGAGCGCCAAUUGCAGGAGAAGUUAGGACAGCAGGAAGAAGAAUUAAUGGAAAAGCACUCGCACAUACUGCAGGAAAAGGUACAGGAAUUGCAAGAUUGUUCUCUAAAUCUUAACAGAAGCAAAGAACAUAACGAGCAACUGCUUACUGCCAUGAAAGACCUAAGGGAGGAAUUUGCAAUUCAAGAAACCACUGUGCAAAAGCUAAAAGAAGAGCUUCGUGAAGCAGGGGUCAAGCUUGAAGAUUUGUCAACAAGUGACACUCUGCUGAGAGAGCAAUUGAAAUCCGUAGAGAACGCACGAGACUCCCUGCAGGAAAAGCUUAAUAUGACCGAGGAAGACAACCGAGAGAAAUUAAGAACUUUGUCAGACAAUUUGGAUGACAAGGAGAAGCAGCUUCGAGCUCUUGAAAGUUCCAGACAGAAGGACUGGGAGGACUUGCAGAAUAAAUCUGAAGAAGCUGACGCUCAGAGAAAGGCUUUGGAAGCACAAUUCCAACAGCAAAUCAUUUUGUUCAGCAACCAAAUGGAGCAAUACUGUAAGGACGUCCAGUACAAAUUGUUGGACAGAACCUCUGAAGUUUGUGAAAACGUUGAGUUAAGAGUUUCAGAUUUAAAAGAUAGGCUUCUGUGUAGCCAGAAAAAUAUUUUGCACCUUAAAAAUGUUGUUGCUAACAAAGUAGACAUAGUUUGCACUUUAGAAGAAAAUCUUCGUCAGAAGAGUGAGGAGAAUAACAAUCUAUGCAUUUCAUUAGAACAGGUGACUGCUCAGGUAAAUGCUCACAUGGAGCAAAUCAAAGCCUUAACAAUUCAGAAUGAGAAUAAUUCUCUUUCUGGUAGUGAAAAAGAUCUGAAGAUUGAAGAGUUAAGUGAAUUAAACAGAGUCAUAUCAACGAAGUUGAAAGAAAAUGAAUUUCAAGUGAGUGACUUGGAAAGCAUUAUCAGUAACUUGAAACGCCAACUAGAAGAUAAGGAGAAAGCCAUACUUGAGUUGAAGCAGCAGCAGGAAGAAGAGAAACAAAAGACAUUAGAUCAAAUGGAAGAGACCUUUCAGAGGUUGAAGGAGGAGCGUGAGUCUACAACUGAGCAGGCAAAUGCACUUAGAGCCAGCCUGUCUGAGAAUGACAACACGGUAGCAUCUUUGAAGGGUAGGCUCGAAGAACUGGAGCGCACGGUAUCUGAGAAGAACGAAGCUCUGCAAAGGCUGACGGUGAAUUUUGACAAUCAGUCCAUUAGCAAGUCUGAGAUGGACCAAGUUUUGAGCGAGAAGGAGCAGAAAGUGAACAGACUGACUGCAGAGCUCGAUAACGCCAACCUUCAGCUCUGUGAGCUACAGGAGCAGUUGGCCUUAAAGGUAAAAGAGUGGGAACAACUUGCGUGUAAUCUCAAACAGCAGGAAAACAUCAGGGAGAACGAGAGGAGAGAGUUUGUUGAAAAGCUCCAACAGAAUGGCCACUUUGAGCAAGAGAUGGUCAACAAACUACACAACCUUGAGGAGGACAACCAUAAGUGCAAAAGCCAACUUCAAUCUCAGGAAGCCGAAUUUGAAAGGCUUAAAGAUGAGAUGAUAAAAAGUAAAGAGGAGUGUGUGAAGGAAACUGAAGAGAGGUUGACGGCAGAGAGUACUCGAAAAAUUUCAGACCUAAAGAAGAAAGCUGAACAGAAAAUCAGUCAAAUCAGAAAGCAGCUUACUGCACAGCUUGAUGAAAAAAAUGAUGUCAUCAAAACUCUGGAGGCUAGCCAUGAGCAGCUCAAGAAAAAUGACACUUCUAAUAAGGAAUGCAUUGACACAUUAGAGAAGAAAAACAAAUCUCUGGAGGAGAUUCUUGUCAAGCUCAAACAAGAGCAGGCACAGCAAUUGGAACAAACUCAGGCUGAUGAGAAGAUGAUGAUGGAGAAGUCUUUAGAGGAACAGAGGAGCAUGUAUGAGGAGAAGUUGUCUGCACUUCAGCGAGAUUCGUUACACCAAACAGAGCUUCAACAAGGGGAAGCUCUUGAAAUUGAAGUUAAGCUUAAAGAAGCAGAAAAGCAUAAUCAUGAACUUCUUGAAGAAGUUAAUACAUUGAAGGAAGAAAUUCGACAGAAAUCUGUGGAGUGUGAUCAACAUCAAGCUGCCUUGAUGCAGGCUCAAGUGGUAUUUGAAACUGAUAAGAACAUAGAGUCUAAUACUCUUCAACAAACUAAGAGCAUGUUGGAAAAUGAGAACCACUCAGCUGAUCCGGAUGACGAUUCCUUUGAUUCUCUCAAGAGCAAACUAAAUCAGAUGAAGAAUGAUAAGGAAAAAAUUCAAAAAGAUUUUAAUAGAUUACAGAAAGAUAUCAGAUUAAUGAGGAAAGAGCAUGAUCAAGAACUUGAAUAUGCCAAGAAACAGUUGAUUGAGGAGAGUGAACUGAAGCACAAAUUGGAAUUAGAAGACAUUGAAUUGAAGCACAACUCUGAAAUCAAGCAGUUAAUGAGGGAGUUUAACACGCAAAUAGCUGUAAAAGAGAAGGAGAUAGAUACAGCAGUGAAAGAAACCAUUGGUAAGGCACAGGUUGUGGAGGCAGAGCUACUCAGUAGCCAUCGAAAGGAAACCACACAGCUGAAGAAGGUGAUUGCCGAGAGGGAGGAUGAACUGAACAGAACUGUCGGGAAAUAUGAGCAGGUCAUACAGAGUCGAGAGGAGGAGAUGGGGACCCGAGUGUGGCAGGUCCAAAAAGAACUGGAGGAGCUGCAAGCGAGGAGCCACAACACUUUAGAGAUGAGCCCUGAGGAACUGCAGGUGCAGCUGGCUGAAAAGACAACUUUGCUGAGCGAAGCUCGACUGAAGGAGCAGGGUUUUGUUGAAAAGAUUCACUCGCUUGAGGACAAGAUUAAAUGUUUCCACCGGAACACAGUUGUAACUCAUCUGGGGAGCACAUACAAAGAUGCUGCACUCCACAAAUCUGAACCCCUUUCAGAGGCCACUGAGUUGGAGUACCUGAAGAAAGUCCUCUUUGAAUACAUGAUGGGACGAGAAACAAAAACGAUGGCCAAAGUGAUAACGUCCAUGCUGAAGUUUCCUCCAGACCAGGCUCAAAAGGUUUUGGACAAAGAAGAGUCCAAAGCAAUGCAUUGGUUGAGUGUCUGAUGCUGAGAUAAAAAUCAUACUGCUACUGCUGCUGCUGCUGUUGCUGAAGGGGAAGACUGCCAAGGAUUUGCUCAAACCCUUCUCUCUGCAUUAUGUAUCUAUGUAUGUAUGUCUGUGUGUGUGAGAUUGGGAUUUUUGUGUGCUUUGUAGUUUGGAAUGUAUGAUUAACACUACAGGUAUGAGGGAAUUUAAACACAAAUCUUCCAUAAAUCUGCAUUUAUUUGAGAUUGACUCAUGUUUUAGGAGCUAUAUGUUUUAUUAUUUAAUGUGUUUAUACAGAAUGGCCUGUGCAAUAAAUGGUACUCUUAUCACAUAUCAAAGCUGACGGUCAGUUGAUUUAAAUUUUUUUGUGUUUUUGUCUGAUUCACUUCCUCUGCAAACCUGUAUCUGACCCUUUAACUCUGUCCUUGUUACAAAUUUAAGUUCGUUGCCUGUUGACCAUGUUUUCAUUUCCCAAGCAUUUUAUUCCAUCCCUUACCCCAAAAGACACUGUAAUUUGUAUUUAAAAUGGAAACUACUACAGGGCUCUCUAUAUGACUUGCUAUACGUUUUCUGUAUAACAAAUUAAAUCUUAUUUACAGAAUGUUGUCUCUGC